CAGAAUCCGGCCACAUUUCCAGAGUACAGAUAGAAGUCAGAGAAACGGCAGAACUCAUCAUCCUCGCAUGUAACGUAGGAAAAGAAAGAAAACACGACUGCCGAGUCUCCGUUGGAGGGAAUGGAGUACACAACUCUACCACCAGUUUUCACUGUUCCCGACAAUGCUUCUAAUGCCUCGAUUGUCCCCUCUCUGGGGAAGAAGGCCAAUGGAGGGACCUAUGACUUGUACAAGUGGAUCAAUAUUAUCACUAUGAUCAUCUACAGCCUUGCCUUCCUGCUGGGAGUCAUCGGUAAUGGGCUGGUCAUUUUCAUCACCGGCUUCCGUAUGAAGAAGACGGUCAACACAAUUUGGUUCCUCAACUUGGCCAUUACUGACUUCACCUUCACCUUCCCUCAGCCCUUGACUGUUGUCUAUAUUGCCCUGGAUGCUCAUUGGCCAUUUGGCCUGGUGAUGUGCAAGCUGAUCAGCACGCUUGCUUUCUUCAACCUCUUUGCCAGUGUUUACCUCCUCAUGGUCAUCAGUAUCGACCGAUGCAUUUCUGUGUGGUGCCCUGUAUGGUCUCGGAACCACCGGACCCCCCGGGUGGCUUCCUUUGUGUCACUGGGUGUUUGGAUCCUGGCUCUGGUGCUGUGUUCACCCUACUUACAUUUCAGGGACACCGCCCCAUCCCCCAACGAUCAGAAUGUGAUCAACUGCUUUAACAACUAUGGCAAGACCAGGGAGGAAGUGAAUCUCAACCGACAAGCUCUCAUCAUCAGCCGGUUCAUCUUUGCCUUCGCCAUUCCCUUCAGCGCCAUCCUCGUUUGCUACGGGGCCAUUGUCCUGAAGCUGAGGAGGGACAGUUUGGCUCAAUCGAGCAAGCCCUUCAAAGUCAUCACAGCUGUGAUUGUGGCCUUUUUCAUCUGUUGGUUCCCUUAUCACGUCUUCUCUUUCCUCGAGACAAAACUUCUCAUGCAGCCUGAGCUGUUGGGGGUUUUGCGUAUUGGCUACCCCUUUGCCUCCAGCUUGACGUUCAUCAACAGCUGCCUCAACCCAAUCCUGUAUGUCUUCAUGGGACACGAUUUCAAGGAGAAGCUGAAACACUCCCUCUUCUCUGCCUUUGAGAAUGCCUUUUCUGAGGACAGCAGCCAGAGCACUUCCAGAACCAAGGACAAGUCCUCGAUUGAGUUCGAUGCCCAGCCAUGA